UGUAAACUUGUGAUUUUGCUCCUUCAAUUAAAUAUUGGUUAAGAUUAUAUAAUUGUUCUUAAUAAAAUAUGAAGAUCACUAACAAUUAAAAACUAUUUCUUGUCUCAAUAUGAGUAUUUUAUCGUUACGUUGUUUAUAUUCAAACAGUUUUUUAUUCGAUAAUAUGCCACGCGUUCUCAUUUAUAUUGUAGUCGUGUCAAUGUUGACAUAUAUUGCACAUGCGCAAGAUAUUUCUCCAACUAUAGAAAAGCAACAAAUUAGCAAGAAGCCGCAUAAUAAUUCAUCUCAAAUUAAAGUAUACGAAGAAUUAUUCAAAAAAUCAUUUGAAUAUCAACGCAAGGAACAUACCGAAGCUAUCAAACGUCUUCAAAAAAUAGAUAAUUAUGAACGUUUGUACAAAAUGAUCACAAUUCUCGGUGAAAAGAUGAUUAAUGUAAUCGAAGCAAGUAAAAUACUAAUCGAAAGUGGUGGUUUUAAUCCAGAUAAUAGAUCUUUGCCGCAAAAUAUUAGCAUACAAAAUGCAAUAUCUACUACAUUAGAAAAUACAGCAUUUUUUGGAGAUAUUCUUCUUCAUUUUCCUCAUAUUGUUCAUCGUAUACUUAAAACACAACAAAAAUGGAAUUCGAUCGUAAAUUGGUCUUUAAAUUUCACAUAUCGAACGAAAUAUUUAUUAGAUUUGGAAACAAUUACUAAAAUUCAUUUAGCAUCUCAAGAAUUAAAUGUGAUAAAACGCAAAGAAGGAUAUUUUAAUCCUUACUGGCAGUCUACUAAUCUUGAGAAAGAAAAUAGCGGAAAAAUAAAAAAAAGUAAAUUAGCAAAAAAAGAAAAACAGAAAAAAAUACCACAAAUAACUAAAAUUGAAUUAUAAAUUAUAUAUUAUAUGUUAU